AUGUCUAUGACAGACCUCCACGAAGGGCUAUCAUGCCUCGAUACCGAGUCGUUGCGAUCGUUGACGGAGACUCUGCCCGAUGAGUAUCAUGAAUGGAUCUCCGAAUCGGGGAGAACUUCACGAAAUGAACAAAUUCUCGACGAUUUCCCCCGCCCUCCAAGCCGAACGAAGGGUCUUGAUGUUAUCGCCGAAGAACAAGUGAUGACCGACGCACCCGACGCGCCCUACGAAGAAGAACAAGCUUAUCCCACGCCCCGGUCUUCAAUCAAGAAUAUGCGCCGCACUGUCACAACCAACGAGCUCCCUCUGCUGCAGGAAAUCAAUCCCUACGACGGCGCAGAAGAGUUUAAUCCUGUGAAUGAAGAUGGUGCUUCGUAUGACCUGAUUGCGCCGUGGGACGGUGUGGAUGCGCCGCUUCAUAAAUUGGAGCGCCUCUCGGAGGUCAUGUUUGGAACGGAGCACAUGCUAUCCAUUCUUAACAACCCGCGAUAUCUCGCCAGAUUCCGGGAAUUCCUUCUUGACGAGCGACCGCGCUCCAUUUCAACCCUCACAUACUAUCUCAACGCAGCCAAGGCGUUGAAAGCGCUCGAAUAUGCCAAUGCGCUGGUCCGUCUGUCAACGGACGUUCCGCCUCCAGCUGUUCAAGCUGUUCAAACAGAUACCGAGGCCGUCGGUAUCACAGCGAACAAGGUGCUCGAGCAACGUGUGGAAGAUGGACUCAAUGCAUUGACCGCCGAAGAGCUUCCUGCUUUCAUUACGUCAAGGUGCAUUACUAUUACUAGCAAGAUUGUCGAGGAGCGCGUGCGAGGAACUCUACCCAUGAAGUUUAGAGAAACUUCAAACGCACUGGCUGAAGUGUUUUGUUUGACGGACCCAUCACGACCAGACAACCCGAUCAUCUUCGCGUCGCAAGAAUUCCACCGAACAACACAAUACGGAAUGGACUAUGUCCUUGGACGCAACUGCCGAUUCCUUCAAGGUCCCAAGACAAACCCCAACAGCGUACGUCGAAUUCGCGAAGCUUUGACAGCAGGGCGACACCACUCAGAGCUAUUCCUAAACUAUCGACGCGACGGCUCCCCAUUCAUGAAUCUCCUCCAAUGCGCCCCGCUCUGCGAUAGCAAAGGCCGCGUAAAAUACUUCAUCGGCGCCCAAAUCGACGUCUCCGGCCUCGCCCUCGACGGCGCACAAAUGGAGUCCCUCAUCGAACUCCAAUCACGCUACCGCGAUCCGGACGAGGAAAGCGUCGCAGAAAUGCCCAUCGCACCACACAAGGACGAGUUCAGACAGAUGUGCGAGCUAUUCAGUCCGAAGGAGCUUUCGUCUAUACAGGAGCAUGGUGGUGAUCUCUUCCAGCCGUCGAAUACGCGUGCGGCUUCGCGGGCGGGGCGACAUUGGCUUCCGAGGAAUGGGUCUAUGGAUAGUGAGGCGGAAGCUAUUCGUCUCAGGGAUGUCAAGUCUCCUCUUUUCCGGGGAUCGUUGACGGGUGUUUAUGAGAAUUACCUCCUCGUCCGCCCAUACCCCUCCCUCCGUGUCCUCUUCACCUCCCCAUCACUCCAGAUCCCGGGUAUGCUACAAUCGUCAUUCUUCUCUCGCAUCGGAAGCUCUUCGGCCGUGAAGGAGGAGCUCAUGGCUGCCAUGCAACAAGGGCACAGUGUCACGGCGCGGAUCAAAUGGGUCACGCGAUACAACAGCGAAGGACGCAGCCGCUGGGUGCAUUGCACUCCUCUAUACGCUAGCAAUGGGCAAGUCGGUGUGUGGAUGGUUGUUGUUGUCGACGAUGAGGAGGAGCAGAUCCCGCUGAAUUGGCGGAGCACGUAG